AUACUAGAGUGCGAAAAAGAAGAAGAAAAUUUGGACGUGAGAGAAAGAAACAAACUAUACAAAGUUACAAAGAGAUAUAUAUUUCAUCAUCUAGAAGAAGAAGAAAACCAUCGCCUAUCUCAAAACUCUCCGGAAACCCCGAAAGAAAUCAUGCCUUUAACAACAUCAACGGAUAUAACCAUCGCCGACCUCCCCCAUCUCGCCUCCCUCGACUACGAAAGCUGGCAAACCCCACCAAACCCGCAACUAAAACACUUCCGUCCCCCCUUCCCCUCCCGCGGCGCCGCUGAAACAUGGUACAUCACAUCCCGCACCGCACGCGUUGAAUCGCCUGAUCCAAACACCGAUUUCGUGAAAUGCUACGACGAGGAGACGGGGGAGAUAGUCGGGUGCGCCGUGUGGUUCGUGAAUCACGGACUACAAGAAGGGAAGGAGAAGAAGAAAGUAGAAGCGACAUGGCAUGCAGAAGGAAGCGAGGAGAGGGAGUUUGCGGAGCGGUUCGUCAAUGGGCUGUGGGGGUUCAUUGACGAGAGGGUUCCCGGACCGCGGAUGGAUCUCCACUCCAUCAUCACUUCUCCUAAACACCGCAAAAACGGCUGCGCGCGCCUCCUUCUCGCCCACGGGAAACAGAAAGCAGAUGCGCUCAAUAUUCCUAUUGUGAUUUCCUCGUUGCCUAGUGCGCGCGGCGCGUACGAGAAAUGUGGGUUCGGCGCGAUCGAAGUGAUACCUCCGCACCCUUCGUUGAAAGGAAGAGAGGAAGAGGUUGAGGGUGGGAUGAGCGACAAGUGGAGGAGCUGGUGUGAAGAGGAUUUGAGUGGGUGGUUGAUGUGGAGGCCUGUGGGGAGGGAUUAUCGAGAAGGGGAUAAGGCGCCCUGGGUUGUGGAUGGUUGAUUGUGGUGUUAUGUAUGCAUCGCAUCGGGUUAAGAGUGGUGAGGGUAGCAGGGUGGUAGUGUUGACCAGGAGGGAGGUUCUUGUAGUUUCGGCGUCCUGUUGUCGCAUAGCAUCAACACAUAAGUGCAAGUGGGCAUUGCGAGAC